AUGAAAAAACCCAAUCAACAACAACGUGCUCCUACGACAAGCUCCGAGUUAAGUGAAAAUUCCAGUGACGAAAUGUCCGAGCCAGAAACUAGUCGGGAAUCGACUCAAUGCCGUAAUCCUCGUAGUCAAUGUCUAUCGACUGGGAGAGAGUCAAAGAUUAGUGACAAAACGCCGACGUAUCCAGUUCUAAAUGCUGUCUAUUCAUUUGCACGUGCAGGACUGACAACCUCUUCGAAGCUCUUUGUCGUGAAAUCUCGACUCACACCGACAACGCCAAUGGAAAUGACCCCAAAGAAGAAACCUCAUUGUCAUAGUGUUGAUCCUGUUUUCUACUGUCAUUGUGUAUUGAAAAAGACUGUGGGUGUACGAGUUGGAACGUCAUUUGGGCUUGGUAGACUCAGUGCCAUACGAGAUGAGGAUGGAGUGAGUGCAAUUGAACUAGAAACGAUUGGAGGAUUGUUGUAUCUGAAUGCAAAAGAGAUGGAGAGUGUAGAGAUCGUUCCUGCAUUGGUUAACGAGUGUGUCUCCACACCGUCAGGAUUAGGUCGUGUGGUACACUAUGAUACACAGGAACAACUUUAUACAGUACGAGUAGGAACAGAUUCAGGUGGUUGUAAAGAGAAGGAACUUCAAGUGCCAGUCUCAGAUGUACGACUAGCAGAGAAUAAUGAUGAUUCUCGAAACACUUUGGAGUCACGACGUCCACGUGGUAUGUCAGAAGGAAGUAAUCUUGAUUGGGACUCGAGACGAUCGUCUGUGAGACUUUCUGCUGGUGCGAGCUCUGCCAGUGGAUUAACAAUGCUGAAAAAUAUUGCGGCGACUUCGUACACGUUCAUUGCUAGUAAAUAUCAUCAAGGACAGCCCGUGAUCACGAAAUUUGGUGCUGGACAUAUUGUUUCAGUAGACCCACAGCGCGGUUCGGCGCACAUUCAGCUCGUAUGGGGAGCAAUUGCAUACCUUAACGCCAACAUGAUUGAUUACUACCCCAAGGCCUUGGAGGGUACCGAUGUACGGACAAAGUUUGGGUCGGGGAUUGUUAUUGGACUACGUCCAGCUGAUGCUAUUUACACGGUGCGUCUACACGAUCUGCAACCGGCAGGAAAGUCAGACGUGGUGUUUGUACAUGAGUCUGAUCUGCAUCGGAAUCGGAGGAUUGCAGUCAAGGCUGCAAAUGUUCGGGACAAAUUGAAAGCCAUGGCGCAACGUCGUUUUGGUGAACGUAUCGUCGUGGCGCACCAGAGUCACGACGAAGAACCGAAUUCUGCUGGCAUCUAA